AUGCUCUGGUUAGGCGGUAUACCGGGAAUCGGUCGUCGACGUCAGCUCGUCUGCCUGGCGUUCGUGAUCUACGCGUUGUCGAUCGUCGACACGAUCGACGCCGCCACCGCGGAGGACGCGUGGACGGGAUUCUCCACGUCGUGCGCGACGGAGGACUCCAAGAACAUGUCGGUUUCCUGUCACGGAGUGCGAAUCGUCCGUAAGAUCGUACAACAGCUGCUGGACACCACUAGCAAGGAACGUAACAUCGAGCUGUUCGACGGCGUGAGCUUGAUCGAGGUACCCGGCUCGAAUCGCAAGUCCAAGGCGUUGAAGGGCUUCGGAGGCCUCGGACCUUUCCUACAAUUUUUGGAAGGUAGAGAACUGAGGAUCAAACUGCCGUCUCUACUUCCUCCGAAUAUCGAGAGCGCCUUGAAGGAGAGCUUGCCUUCCGAAUUUGAAGCGAGAAAGGAUGGAGGAGGAUUUGGCGGAGGCGGCGGCGGUUUCGGCGGCGGUAAGGGCGGUGGCGGCGGCGGCAAGAAAGGCGGCGGCGGUAUGAUUAUACUGGCUCUUAUGAUGGGUAAAAUGAUGGCCGCUAUGGGCUUCGGUGCGCUGGGUCUGCUGGCCAUGAAGGCGCUGACGGUUUCGGCCAUGGCCCUGAUGCUGUCCCUGAUCGUAGCCGUGAAGAAGUUGGCGGGCGGCGGUGAAGAUCACGGCCAUCACGUCGUUUACGCGCAGGAAGUCGGCCAUCAUCAUCGCAAGAGAUCGACCGGCGACGACGACUCCGCGCAAUUACCCUACAGAGGAUACGCCAACCUUUACGCAAACUUACGGGCAUCUUGAUCUCUCUUAUUAAUCGCAGUAUCAAUCGCGACCUUGAACCGAUCCUCGAGCUUCUCAACUCUCCUAUCGCCUGUUAAAGAUAUUCUUAGAUACGACUAGACCGAUACAAUCACGUUGACACGCGGCACGUUGGGCAUUCCCGUUCACGUAAUUUACAUUGCAGUCGCAUCAUCAUUGUCAUCGUCGUUUCAUUCAUCCAACGCAACGUGCGUUUUUCAACGUGGCUUUCAUUUCUUCUCAGCUGUGUAAAACUGCAGACGUCAGUCGCGGUAGGAGGGUUAAUGGGCGCCAGGAAAAUGACCGACGACGCGACGCGACGCGAGAUCAGUGACAGUGACAUCGACGAGACGACAGUGACCGAGAAACUGAUUGACAGCUAGGUAGAAAGUGAUGUUCAACAAAUGUUCGUCCGCGGGAAAUGUGGUAAUCGAUCCCUUUUGGCCCACCAUUCCGAUAGGACUCUCUCAGGAGUGAAAGAUCACAGACCGAAGAAACCAAAGUACGUUGUUUGACUUUUUUUUAUUUAUUUAUUUUUUUUACACACAUAUUUAUUGUUGUGCAACACAUGUUAAUAAAGCAUACGUGCUUGGUACGAAAAC